AUGGCCAGCGAACAAGUCACCAGGAUCCUCGAGUCGGAGUCGUUGAAGUCGCUUACGCUCCGGAGAUGGGUCAUAUGCUCCAUUGUGGCUCUGUACGUGUUUGUAGGCGUUCCUCUAUGGUUCAAGCUUACAGAGAUCUACAGGGCACCACUGCCGUCCAACUUCAUCAACCUUCUCCACAGCCAGGGGAACAUAGACAUCCGGAUCACCAACGAGGUGUAUCUGGACGUGCUGGACGGAUUGAAGUUCCCUGAUUUGGCAGAGGCGAUCCAGGUUCAGAUCAACCACAGGCUGGAACAGGAGAGGGUGCAGUCGCCAAUGAGCGUGCUGUGGAACGCGUCGGUGUUACAAACCAGUGAAGAGGUGCCAUCAGAUGCGUACGUGCUACACCUGGAGCUUGCUGACAACGAGGGCAUAUCGUUGGACGAGACUCAGAAGCAUGCGACUCUGUUCUACACAAUGGAGAGCGUGAAGAAUAACGAUCUGCCGUUCUUUGCUACGCAGGCAAUACUGGACCAUAUCUUCGCCACUGAAAGACGACUGCUGACGCCGCAUAAGCACGGUAUCAACUCGCUGAGAUACUCGCCAAAGGUCCACCUUUCGUUUAAGCUCUUAACAGGCGACGGUUAUCCACUGGACUGGGAGAUUGCGCAGGCCAUUGACGAAUACUUCACGCCGUUGAUCCAAGAGUUCAAGACCUUUAUCAAUUUCACCAUUGAUUCAGAGAUCAAGUACUUUGCACAGCUGAACCUGCCUGAAGGUGACGAGCUGACACUCACGGAUGCGUCCCUUUCUACGGUUAUGGACUUUGCAGAGUGGGAUAUCUCCUCGAAUCAGUUCUCCUACCCAACAUUGAACUUUGUGCUUUAUUACCCUUCAGUGGAGCAGUCGCCACUAGCGUUCCACGAUAAUACCAUUGGCUCGUUACACUCCUACCUGAUCCCACAAUGGGGGUCCGUGGUGCUCAUGGAGAACUCCAUAGAUGCAAACACAGUCAUUUCCAAGCAGAGCUUGGGCCCAUUGUUGGAGGUAUUCACCUCUGAGUUAUUCAAACUGCUGGGGAUCCCAACUGAUCCAAAGACCCCACAGAUAAGAGUCGAUGCCAUGAAGAAGUACUCGAUCCUCGAGAACAUUGACCGUGGAGUUGAUUCGCUUGUGUCGUUGCUCAAGUUGAGUGAAUCUUUACCUGACAUGUCGAUCCCUAAGACGGUGUUGGACAACGUCAAGAUGGCACUGAGCUCCCGGCAGUCUGCAGUGGAUAAGUUGAACCUCCAAAACGAUUUCAACGGGGCACUUGUUGACUCAAUCUCGAUGGUUGAGCAUAGCGAGAGAGCAUUCUUCGAUAGAGAAAUGGUGCAACAGACGUUCUUCCCUCAGGAGCACAAGAUUGCUGUGUACAUGCCACUAAUUGGACCAAUGACCUUGAUCUGUGUCCUGGCUUUGCUAAGAACGCUCAAAGAGGUGAGACUCUACAACAAAAAGUACUAUGAAUAA